AUGACUUUUAUCUGUUCAAUCUUCAACAAUAACAAUAUCAACAAGAUCAGUAGUCAUACCAACCAACAACAAAGAAUCAAGAUUCGUGUUUUGAAUCUGGGUAAACCGUUUUUGUUUUCCAGCCUCGAGAAACUGGGAGCUCUUCAAUGGCGGAAAAUCGUGCACGGAAAUCAAGGAUGGAGACUCGUCAUCGCUAACUGGUUACAUGCCGGAUUGAUUCAUCUAGUCGCUAAUAUGUUAAGCCUUGUCCGCAUCGGCAUUUGCCUUGAACAACAAUUUGGAUUUCUUCGCGUAGAAUUGAUCUACAUGUUAUCACGAUUUGGGGGUAGCGCUCUUUCUUCAUUAUUCCUUCAAAACAACAUCUUAGUUGGUGCCUCCGGUGCUCUCUUCGGUUUACUCGGGACAAUGCUCUCCGAACUCAUCACAAACUGGACAAUCUACUCCAACCAGUUGUUGCACAGAAAGUACAGUGGGAAUUUAUUGGUUAAUAUGUUGGGAAAAUGGAAGGAGUCUGAAUACUCUGGUCAAUCUGUUCCAGUUGGUGGUCUUGCUUAUUAUGUUACUGCACCUUCAAGGUAA